GUCGCAUCAGCAUCAUCCUCUUUUCGGCGCCAUGUUUUCCUUCACGUCUUCGGAGAUCUCCGCGGAGCGGCGCAGACUCUAUCGGAGGGUCAGCACUGCCAGCAGACGCUGGUGUUGUUGUUGUUGCCCCCUGCGGAAUGGAGAACCCCUGCUGGAUCCGCCCAGCCCCGUGGAAAGCCAAUCACGCGAGAACGACAGCAGCCCGAGUUGGAAGCUCAAACGCUUGAGGUCGUCCAUAGACAAUGGCGUGCACGCCUUGGGGGUUGGUCUGGGUGGCGCCAUGCCGCGGAUCACCAAGUUUGCACGCACUGGCAGCGUGCGAUUCAAGGAUGUGUGUUCUUCUCCCAGCGACGUGUGCAUGUGGCUCGGAGCCGCGGUGAGUCUGCCAGUGCUGGUUUUGCUCAAUUUCAAUCGCGCCUACGCCAUGCAUGAAACAAUUUUCAAGACGGACAUCAAUUCUCGGACUGAGGCCUUGAUCCGCUGCGCCUGUGUGCCGGUGGCCUGCACCGCAGUGAAUUACUUU